AAUACAAAUUUGUUAUCUUCUUCCACGUUUUAUACCGCACUUUUACUUCUUAUUCAAGUUGUGUUGUUGAAUAAUUUUUAGUUUCAAGAAGCAAUAAACUUGUUAUAUUUAUUUUCAAGCCAAAGAUUGCCGCGUACAUAUUCAGAAUACUAUUUCCAGAAUACCUUAAUUAUCACUGCUAAAAAAUGGUAUUCUUCAACUGUAAUGCUUGUGGCGAAGCUUUGAAAAAAAAUCAAGUUGAAAAACAUACUCUGCGAUGCCGUCAAUGCGCUGUUUUAGCUUGUGUUGACUGUGGUAAAGAUUUCUGGUAUGUAUUUAAUAUUAUUAUUAAUAUUAUUAUCAUUGUGAUUGUGAUAGAUGAAGUGCAUUUGAGGGGCUUAUCGAAGAUAAAGAGCGCUUAAGGCUAAGGCUUACACUUGCAGUGUAACUUACAUGCAACUGAAAUAUUUUCAAACAUCAUCAGCAUCAUCAAGACAACUAACAACUGUAACAGUAGUAAGUAGGCUAAGUAAAUUUAGACUAAAAUAAAGGUGUAAUAAAUAGUAAUAGGCUUAAUAGGUAACAAAUAUAUUUUUUGGGCAUUGGUCAGUCUCCAAGUUAACCAUGAGACGAUAGUGUAAUUUUGUGGGAGAUAUGGCUGGUGAAACUACUAACACUAAGCUAUACGGUACACCCCCAGAGUCAACACAGACAGUCAGUCACCCCACCUGAAAGUAGUCUAUUAGUCUAUUUUUACUUAUAAGUUUAGUAUAAGUGUCAUUGUUUGGAUAAGGUGGGGUGCAUAACAUUGUAUUCAUUGAUUAAUCUGCAGUUAGUUGACAAUUUUUCAGAUUAACCAGCUUCAACCUCUUUUUAAAUCGUUAAUCUUUGAAUAGAUUUUUUAUAUCAGCUCAGUUGAGGUAAGCCAUAUGGGAAGAAAUUUAAUGAGUAAAUUGGUUAAGGUGAGAGAGAUGAGAGUAGGAGAGAUUAAUAGGAUUGGGUGGCAGGGGUUUUGAGGUAGUUAAAAGGAAGGUGCGGCUAGAUUGCAGGGAAUGACAUGAGGAGUGGGAAAAAUGUCUGAAAUGACUAUUAUUCGGGACGGGUAGACAACAGGAUUGAAUAGAUAUUAAUACUGGUGUCAUAGGUGAGAGCACACAAAUAAGCUGAACCUGGAAUUAACAGGGUUACUUAAAAUACUGGUUGGAAGAUAAAGGAAUCAACUACUUAGAAGCUAGGCUUUUUUUUUUUUUUUUUGGAAUGUUUAAAUAAGUUAUUUUGCACUGUUACCUCAUGCACAACUUAACUUAAAAACCUUUCCUUUGGAAACAAAUAAGCUGAACCUGGAAUUAACAGGGUUACUUAAAAUACUGGUUGGAAGAUAAAGGAAUCAACUACUUAGAAGCUAGGCUUUUUUUUUUUUUUUUUUGGAAUGGUUAAGUAAGUUACUUUGCACUGUUACCUCAUGCACAACUUAACUUAAAAACCUUUCCUUUGGAAACUGCUAACCUAUUUGUAGUAGAAUAAAAGAUUUGAAAGUGCAAUAGACAAUAUGUCUGUACAUGUGGAUUCAUUUUGUUUAAUAAAGCUUAUUAUGUACAUUAAAUUCUUGUAUGGAAAUACGACGGAUACAUUUAUAAAUCUAUAAAACACCCUAUCUCUGAAAGUUAGUUACCAUUGAAAAUAUCAGUGUAAAAAUAACCCUUGAUGUUACCAUAGUCUGAAAAGAAAAGGGAUUGUAAUGUGUGUGAUGAUAUAUAACUGAGAAUCCAAACAAUUUACCCAAAUGAAAACUGAACAAACAAUAUCAAAUGAAUGUGCAAAUAACAAAAUAUUCACAUAUUAUUUUAUCAUAAACUAUGAAAUAACCUUUUUUCUUAUAUGAGAAGUGCCUUCAAUAUUUGCUCUAACAGGGGUAAUGAUUACCAAACACAUACAAAAUGCAUGUCAGAGAAUGAAAAGUACUGUGGAAAAGGCUACGUUCCUAAAGUAAACAAAGGGGAAGUAAAGCAAGAGCAGUGGAUUGAGGUAGGUAUUAUUUUUUCAAAGUAAGAUUCCCCUAAUCUCUGUCUUUAUAUAUUUCAAAUAUUACUAAUCUACAUAUAAAAUUCAAGAAUAAAGGGCAAAAAAAAAAGUCAAAUUUUCAUGCACGCUUUCCCUUGUUGCACACACACAUUUUUGGACCCCCCCCCCCCCCCUUUUUUUUUUUUCAUGCUAGUGUGUGCCAAGACCAUUUUAACACACCCCUAAAAAAAUCAAUAUGGUUUCAUGAGGUACAUCAAAAUUGAACAAACUUACUGUAAACCAAUGUUUUCCACUAUUGGGUGAGACAAUUUGCAGAUUAUUGGAAGGGGAUAGUCCCUGGGAUAAGAAGUGUAAUAAGGUUUCAAAAGGGUUAACACGAUAUAUUUUAAAGUUAAUCACCAUUAUUUAUGGUCAUAUAUUGCAAUAAAAUACUUUUCAUUUAUUGUAAUUUUUAUCCCACAAUGUUAAAUGUCUUGGCCUAAAAAGCCAGCAAAAUUGAAAUUUUUGGUAAUAGAAUCAUGGAGACCUCUUUUAUUUAAAUUUCUUUCUUGGGGGUGGGGGCAUUAUAUCUUUUUAGGUGGAGCACAUGGCCAAAAAGGUUGGGAAACACUGCUCUAAGACAUGUUUAAAAUUUUGUCAAAGGUUUUCUCCUCCUUUUUGUUCGCUUUAGCUGAAGGAAAUAAUUAUGUCACAAAUUACAUCACGCACACUGAAACAAUCAAAGUUGUCACUAGGCUAAAUAUUACUGUUGCAAUAUCUAGCGAGUUAUUUGUGGAAACAUAAUGAGCCAGUUUCCUCCGUAAAGUACCUGGGUGUUACCAUUCAAAGAGAGGUCCGCUGUGACGAGCAUAUUAACAAUGUAUGUAACCAAGCAAACAAGACCCUAGGGUUCUUAAGGCGAAAUCUAAAGAUUGGCAACUCCUGUGUGAAAGAAAGAGCAUAUAAAGCCUUUAUCCAUCCGAUUUUAGAUUAUGCAUCUUCAGUCUGGGACCCAUUUACCCAGAAGAGCAUUGACAGGUUGGAGGCGGUCCAGCGACGAGCAGCACGCUUUGUCCUAAACCGCUACAGGAAUACCUCUAGUGUUGGCAGCAUGCUAGAAACACUAGGCUGGUCACCAUUGGAGAAACGACGACGACAAUCCAGGCUCUCCAUGAUGUACAAGAUAAAUAAUGGGCUGGUCCACUGUUCCAGUAUUAAACCUCUAGUGUUGGCAGCAUGCUAGAAACACUAGGCUGGUCACCAUUGGAGAAACGACGACGACAAUCCAGGCUCUCCAUGAUGUACAAGAUAAAUAAUGGGCUGGUCCACUGUUCCAGUAUUAAACAUAAACUCGUCUCUCUCCCCCAUAGACAGCGACAAGGCCAUGACAGGCAAUUCAGGCUCAUACCAGCAAGAAGCCAGUAUAGGAGCUGCUCAUUCCUGCCAGACAAUCAGGGACUGGAACAAUCUUUCAAAAGGAACGGUUGAGGCGACAACACUUGACACAUUUGUGUCUAUUGCCUCAAGCCUUCAAACCCCUAGUGCAUGAUUUCCUCAUCAACACCAGUAACAGAAACAUUGCAAAUCCCAUCUACAUGCAUAGGAGCCAAAAUGAUCAAUAAAUUGAUUGUGGGCCCUUAAGAUAUAGAAGAAGUAAUGCAAUAUUGUGAUAUUUGUUUAGUCACUGAAAAUAGUUAGAAAUCAUGGAUCUCACACAAUUUUAGGUUUAAAAAAAUUGCAUGUUUUUAUAAUGUGACUUUUUACAGAAAGUGUUGUGACAAUGUACCACAAUGCUGUCUCAAACACAUAUAUUUUCUCAAAGACAAAAUGUUAUAUGGUAGUUAUAGAUUUUUAGACUGAACGGUGAAUAGUUAUAUUAUCAUACUUAAUAUGACUACCUUUAUUUAGUGUCACUAUCGAAACCACUUCAUUAAAUGAAAAUAAAAAUUUUAAAAAUAAUUGAUCGUGACAUCAGAAAAUUUUUAUAAUCUUUUCUUAAAUGUAGAAAGUGCAAAAUGCAAUUGAGAAAUCAGCAACUAACCCAAGAUUAAAAGACCUCCUGGAGAGACUAAAAGAUUAUCCUAAUAUUCCCCGUAAAAAGCAAAAGUUUGAGGUAAGUUAUAUAGCAUCUUAUAAUGCGUUUGAUUAUAAGUAGUGCAGUAAGUAGGACUGAAAUAUGAAUUUAACAAUUGCCAGCAAGAUUUCCUCAUCACCACCAGUAACAGAAACAUUGCAAAUCCCAUCUACAUGCAUAGGAGCCAAAAUGAUCAAUAAAUUGAUCGUGGGCCCUUAAGAUAUAGAAGAAGAAGAAGAAAAAGUUUAUUUCUUAAAAGUGAUUGUUUCCUUGUUACUAAAUGUUCAUAACUUAAAAAUCUUGUCAAAACUAUAAAAAAGCAAAGUCAAAUGCUGCUCUGUAUUUAACAAAAAAUAUAAUUAAUUUUUAACUAUCACCUAUAAAAUAUAUAUACCAAUUGACACUCUGUCUCAUUUGACAGCCAAACCUCAAUGCAAUGAAAUCUAUCAAUACUUUUUCAAAGUUAUGCCCAUUGAUUUUUGUAUAUAUAAAGAUAAUAAAUAUAAUUACUUAAACAAUACUAAAAAUAUUACUAUUAUGAUCAUGGCUGCGGCUAUUUGGAUCCGGGUCCGAGAAGUGAGAGGUUGGGAUUAAAAUUUGAGAAAAAAAAAUUAUUGUUGGGGUGUAAGACAAAAUUUGGUAUCAAAUGAAAGAUAAUUGAAUGGACUAUAUGUUUGUAAACUUACUUCUUCAGUUUAACUAAAAUAAAAUACCACAAAUGACAUCCGAAUAGCAUUUAGUCAAAAUGGAACCAGAAACGCAUCGCCGCUAUUCAGACCCGGGUCCCAUUUUAAUCCCAACCUCUCACUUCUUAGACCCGGGUCCGAAUAGCUACUUAGUAUGAUCAUACAUACAGUCAUCUACAACACACACACAAACACACAUCCAGAAAGCCAUAGCUAAAAAAAAUUGAUUUUAAUAUUUGAUGAACUGAAUGAAGUUUUUAUAAGAUAACCCGGUAGUUCAAAUUUUUGUUAAAUUUCAGAACUUUCUUAAAAAUAGUUUACGAAUCAUGAAUCAUGCUCUUAUCAGUCAAGUAUGGGAAACACUAAUGGCUGCUGCAGGACAGGUAAAUAUUGAAUAAGUUAUUUAUCUAAGGUUGUGUAAAAAUCAGUUUUGCUCUUUGCUAUUAAAAUAAUUAAAUAUCUACCGGUAACUAAAGUUAUGAGUAACAAAACAACAUAAAUUUCAAAUGACAAAGGUGCUAUCACUAAUUUAAACCUUUUGAUGAUUUGCAUUAUUCUUUUAGAAUGAGGAAUCUAAGCAAAAGCAACAAGACUCUUCAAAUAAGUCAGAGAAUGGAGUUACUCUUAAAACUGACUCAAAUAGUAUAGAAAAUGGUGUUUCCAAUGUUGAAGAAGAAGACUGUGAAAACAAUAACCAUAGACUGAGUAAAAGAGAAAAAAAGGAGGAAAGGAGAAAAAAUGCUAAUAAGAAGGAAAAAAAAGAUAAAACAAAGGGAACAGUUCAAGAAGUAGAAAAGAAAAGUAAGAAAAGGAAACUUUCAAUAACUGAAGAAGAAAGUAGAGAUGAAAACGCUGGUGCCAAAGAAUCUCUGGAGCCUGAAGUGCAACAAAAAAGGAAAAAGAAGAAACAUAACUCUGAAUUGCAAGAACAAAAUGGUGUGUAAAUUUACUGAACCAAAUAUCAUCAAAAAUUUUCAUAUUUGAAUUUUUUUUUUAAACCAGUGCCAUGUCACACAUUUUUUCUCUCCUCAGUUUGUCUGAUUUUGUAAGUACUUUAAAUUUAAUUUGUUUUUUGUGUCUACAAGUAGGUGUUGAGAGAAACAAGCCUACUGAGGAGGCUGGAGACAAAAGUUCUGACGAUGAGGGGGAUGAAGAAGAUCAAAAGCCAAAGAAGAAGAAGAAAAGGUUUAACUGGGAGGCCACUGUUAUAGCUGUUCUUGAAUCUAAAGGGGAAAUGUCAUUAAAGAAAUUAAGAAAAAAGGUAUGUUCAAGACUUUUAUUUGACCGCAACUUUUGUUUUAGAUUAAUGUAGCUGUCAGUCCCAUGAUAUGAGAAAAUGCCCACAGUUGUAUGAGACACUGACAUUUUUCAUUCAUAAUGUUCAUUAAAUCAUAUAAAUUUUUAAUGAAUGAGGAUUAGUUUAUUUAUGUCUGUAAGUGUCAAUUGCUUUGUCAGUUGUUGGCAUUUAAUAUGCAUCCUGUUCAUGCAUCUUCAUUUUUCUUUCUUGUUUAUUUUUAACAGGUUCUCAGUGAGUUUGUUGCACAAGAUGCUGCAAAUUAUUCAGAGGAAAAUCUUAAAGCAAAAUUUGAUAAGAAAAUUAAAAAAUUAGCAAAGGUCAAAGUUUUUAAAGACAGGGUUAAAUUAAAGUAAUAAUUAUUAAGUUAAUUUUUUACUGCCGCUAAUUUUUGUCAUUAAUCAUACAAUUUGAUUCAAAAAUAAAAUAUAAAAGAGUGACAAAAUUAUACAAUUUAUAAUUACAUGUCACUCUUUUAGUUUUAAAAAAAUAUCAAGUUGAAGAAUAUGUUGAUUAAAAGGCCUGUCAAGUGUGAAGAUGGUGAUCUAAGGUUCAUGUACAUGGCUUGCAUUAUUGGACACAGUUGUAAAGGUAACUAACUAAAUAAAAGAUGUAUUCUCAUUAAAUUUG